AUCAAUGUUUUUGGUCCACGUCAAACUGCAGGCAUCGUUUGUUUCCUCAAUGUUAUGUCUGUCGGCAAAAUCUAAACCUUCAAUCUCGUAAAAGUGAUUUUUCCGUCUUUUUGCUAUAUAAAUCCAACUAAUUAAGAUACAUUUAAGUAGAAAUGGCGGUCCCGACCUCCGUAUCUCUGGUUCUGGCCUCGGUCACUGCCGUGCUGAUAUUCUCGGCAAUGCAAAUGUACAGGCCGCUGAUUGCCUCUUCCCAGAUGGCUACCAUUUUUGGAGGAUUUCUCGGCUCGUGGCUGUUCAUUCUAUCACUGACGGCGGUUUCCAAUCUGGAAGCGGUCGUUCUGGGCAAAGGAUUCCAGGCAAAGUUGUUCCCAGAGGUAGCUUUCUGUCUGAUUGGGUCGCUGUUUGCUUGUGGAAUGGUGCAUCGCGUUUGUGCAACGACCUGUGUCUUAUUUUCAGUUGCUGCUCUCUACUACAUUAACAAAAUUUCACAGAAAGUGCAUAAUGCACCGGUUCCGGUGGACACCUAUGCCGGGAAGAAAAAGAAGAAGUAAACUUGUGGAGCUGAGGACACUCUCUUAGCAAGAGAAAAUUUCAAAAGUCGGUAGUUUUUAAGGAAACUCAUUUACUCUUACGAGCGCUUACCGAAUAAAUUAUCUAAUUUAAA